CAGUCGUCGAAUGGACUCCAGUCGGUAACGAGACCCCAGAAUUAAUAUACACACCGUUUGCCGUGACGAAUUGCCAUCUAUACAACCUUUAAAAUGUCAUAAUUCGACGACGAAUUUGAAUCGACGCGACCGCGUUAUCGAUUCGAACGUAACCGGCUCCUACACCCUCUAAAAACCCCUCUUCCCACACCUGCAGCUCGAGGAAAUUCCUGAACCCCGUCGAUAAAAGCCGUCUCUACGAAUUGAUGGAAGAAAACGGAGUGAUCAGUGAUUUUGGAACUGUUUAACUGCGACGUGAACGAUGACUUGGAAAUAACGCCAGCUAAAGGUUCGAGAAAUUCCCUUGACACUUGAGAUGUGGGGGAAAGCUUAUGCCACGCAAUAUGCGUCGCCUCCAUGGCGAUGCUGAUGCGUCGCCUCUUCGUAGAUACCCAGGUCAAGUUUCGCAGAAUGGUAGAAGAACACUCAGCGAACCUAACAUCUCGGAUCAACUCCGACUACCCCAACACGAUCCCAGCACCUCUAUCCAGUCCAUCGUCCCAAUUCGACAACCUGAGAUUAUCGAACUCAUCCUCGGAAGCCCUGGACUCCUUUGUCACACCCCUGCUGUCCGCCGAUAAGGAAAGAGACGCCUCGAGCGAUUUGGACGUGCGGACGGCCAUCAGCGAGCUCAAGAAGGAAGGUUAUCGCUCCUCCAGGCCCAGUUCCAUUGAAUCACGUCGCAGCAAGUCUCUUGUGAAUGCCAGUUCCGCCUCUGUCGACUCAGGUGAAGAAGCGAAACCAUCGAAAAGGGACGUGAAGAAGACUCGUUCGAACCCCGUUAGGUGUAGUGAAACGCAAAACGUUUUUAGUGACAGAGUUAGUGAGUACAAAAAUAACAUCAUGACGGUCGACGAGAAUGUUAGUCCUUUGAAGGACAGAUCCUCGCCGGACAGUGCUGAUAGGUUAAGUAAGACCGGAUCUCCCAAGCCAGGAUGCAGCAGUCAUCAAGAUGCUGAAUCAUCUUCAUCACGUUCCCCGAGAAGCAGCGACGGCAACCAAGAUGAGCUCUCAUCGAUGCUUUCGUCACCCACAUCUUACCCAAAAUCGGCACUUACCAUCAGAAAGUUGAGGUUAGAAAAUGAACGGUUGCAGGCCGAACUUACUCGACUACGUAGACUGGUCGUUUCCGGUGCAACUUCCGUUCUGGCCGAUAAAAAAACACCAACAGAAAGCAGUGCUGAUCCAACUGGAAAAAUUCACUCCUUGGAAAUGGAAUUGCAACUAGCGAAAGAAGCACUAUUGACUUUGAAAUCAGACCGGAGACGUUUGAAAGCCGAGAAGUACGAUCUGCUCAAUCAGAUGAAAGAUAUGUACGGAACUUUGGACGAUAAAGAAAAGGAAUUGCGAGAUUUCAUCAGAAACUUCAACACGAGGGUAAGGGACACGAACAGUUCCGUGCAACAGCUCUCUACGGAAAGGGAGGAGCGCGAGAGAGAGCGCUGGAGUUUGCUGAGGCACGCUAGAGACGAGGCGGAAAGAAGUUUGUCUCUGGCUGCCCAACUGAAUGCCAAGGAGGUUCAGCUUCAGAUAGCGCAAGAGCAACUUCAAGAGGCCCGCAGACAGCUUGCUUCUAGCGGCUGUUUAUCAGACCAGGAAUCACUAGCCUCGCUGCCUAGGCAUGGCAUAAACGGUGGAGCUCUAACACCCGGUUCGGGAGGUUUGAUCUCAGGUCACCACGGCCUAGGUUUGAUCUCCGGAGACCGUGGCAGUUGCAGUGCCGAUUCGGGUGUUAGGGUCAGUUCUGACAGGGAAAGCGGUGCUACUUCUAUUGCCGGUAAUCUGUCCGACUCGACCACCGAUGGAACUCCUACGAUAACCAUAGAAGGUGGAAAUAUCGAUGCCGAUUCGGUUUCUAUAGUUUCUUCGUUACCGCCACCACAUAUGUACCAAACUAUUACAACUAAAGACUGUAGUCCAACACUAUCUCCACUAAAUGCUAACAAUUUCUCUAGAUCUAUUGACUCAAGUGUUUUGUCCAGGUCUGUGGAACAACUCAGUUCGCCGAUAGAACCAGAACCAAUCAGUAUAAGUCGAAGACCAAAACAGCCACAGACAAGAACCAGUGGAGGCAGGGGCGGAACAUGGGGUAGUAUUUCUAGGGUUUUUGCGCGUUCAAGGCAUAGAAACAAGGCCAGUUCCCUACAAGAAACAAGUGAACACGCAUUCGAACCGUAUAGAAGUUGGUCACCUCUCACGGAAGAAGGUUACGCAGAAAAAUUGAGGUUACUGAGGGAGGCAUCCACGAUACCAAUGGAGAGGUGGAGGGCUCCCACCGUUUUAGCUUGGAUAGAAAUCGCGCUUGGGAUGCCACAGUACGGAGCCAGAUGUGCUGAGAAUAUCAAGAGCGGAAAGAUUGGUCCUUUGCAUGGCCAGGUGCUCUUAGAGCUCAGUGACCUUGAACUGGAAUGCGGUCUUGGUGUAACUCAUCCGAUGCACAGGAAAAAACUUAGGCUUGCGGUCGAAGAACACAGACAUCCGUCAUUAGUAAGAUAUCCAUGCAUCUCUCAAUUGGGCCACACUUGGGUUUCUAGCGAAUGGUUACCCGAUUUAGGACUCUCUCAGUAUGGAGAGAAUUUCGCGUCAAAUAUGGUAGACGCAAGGAUGUUGGAACAUCUUAGCAAAAAAGAAUUGGAAAAAUACUUAGGGGUGAAUAGAAAGUUCCAUCAAGCUUCUAUAGUUCACGGUAUCCAUCUACUUCGAAUAAUGAAGUACGACAGACAGGCUUUAGCUGUAAGACGACAUCAAUGCGAGACCAUGGAUGCUGACCCAUUGGUUUGGACGAAUCAUCGAUUCAUUAGAUGGGCGAGAAGCAUCGAUCUGGGAGAAUACGCUGAUAAUUUGAAAGACAGCGGUGUGCACGGUGGUCUCGUAGUGUUGGAGCCUUCAUUCAAUGGAGACACUAUGGCAACAGCCCUUGGCAUACCUAGUAGCAAAUCAAUAAUAAGACGUCACUUAACUGCUGAACUGGAAGCUUUAGUCUUGCCUGCAAGAUCCACACUUGAACACUAUGUUCGUCUAAGAGCUAAAUCACGUGCUACUGGAGGAUCCCUUGGACGUACCUUCUCCCGUUCUUGUGCUGGAUUGGCAGCCCCCCACCCCACCUCUGUGUUGAGUAGAGAGCAGCAUUUGACCGAGACAAGAAGGAGCACCAUAAGGGGAUCCAUAACGAGAGCCUUAGGCCUGUCGAAGACCAAAUCGGAACGAGAUAGAGAAAAGCACUCGCCCACCUCGAGUUCCGAAAGCUCGUCCAUAAGGAGCAGAGCCAGUCCCACCUACUUCUACAAAGCUUCCAGAUCAGGGGGUGAAUCCCCCAUCUAUGCACAGCCCUUCGCGAAUCAGCAUCCCCCGUCGAUGUACAACAGGAAGUCCGAAGACUACGACAUCUACCUCAACAGGAGAUCGAUGGAAGAUUACGAGACCAAGAAUCCCCCACUGCCGAAGCCCGACAGGGACAGGAACUCGACCCAUUCCGGCAAACUGAACCCGUUCGAAGUGUUCGUGGGCGGCAAGCCCAGUCACAAGCCCAGGAAGCAGCACAGGAGGGUGAGGAGCAUCAGCGACAUCGACGCCAUCAACAGCGAACCCGCGCCUACGUAGCAUUCGGAGAAUUCAAAUCAGCGAUAUGAGUUGCACUUUUGAUUUUUAGUUAUCGAAGCGAGAUGAGAUGGAUAAUAACACGGCCCAGCACUUUUUGGAACAGGCAUUUUUUUAUUUUUAUCAAAAAUACUGUUCUGGUUUUUGAGAUAUAAAAUGUUUCUCGCUUUGUUAUAAUUACCGGCAAAUUACAAGAGCCAGCGAUUAGGAACAUUUGGCUGGGUAAGAUUUUUCCCCAAACACCUAAUGCACACAUCGUCAAAAGUCUUGGUCCCCCCUAGGUUUAUCCAGAAAUAAACAAUCUAUGUUCCGGAAAUGAGAUGAUUAUUUCCUCUAUUUCAACUCCAAUAUAUUCGAUAGAGAAUCUUUGUUUUUUACUCUCAUUUUCCUUAUGCAGGAUGAGACAAAAUAGGAAAAAUGAGAAAAAAUCGAAAUUUAUCCAUUAUUUUUGAUUGAUUAUAGCUAUUCCACAACUGAAUUCAAAUUCAAUAGUCCGGAUUAUCACCUCUUCUUUAAUUCAACUGCCCAAUACGCCUAGGCAUCCCACGAAUCAACUCAUUAAUUAAAUUUUCAGGCAUAUCGUUUCAUCCUUCCUGAAAGGCUAAACUCAAUUCCUGAAAAUUCGAAGGUUGGUUUUGCCCUCCCUAAUUAUUCCUUUACGUGUUCAAUUGGGUUCAUGCCUUGUGAGUUUGUUGGCCAGUUAAUUCUCUAGCUGUUGUUCUCUUGAAGAACGUUUUGAACCCUUCUUGUUCUGUGUGGUGGGGAACAAUGAUUUGUUCAAUGAUGUUUUCUACGUAGAUCGUACCAUUAAUUGUUCGUUCAACGAUGAUAAGAGGGAUACAGCGACCAAAAACUAGCACAUUAUUGAUCCGCUUCGAAAGGGCACAACAUCCCGGGCAAAAUUCAAUCACUCUAGUCUGCCUGGACCUCUCCAAACCCUUUUUUGUCGACUAUCACUUUGUAAACCGAAUAGUGAUGUGGUCAAAACCAGUAUUGGUGGUGUUCUGUCCUUUGCCGACGGAUAGCUCUAUGUUCAGGUGAUAUUCAAGGUUCUCUUAGAUGUCUUCUUGCCCUUGAAUUUAAGUAAUGCAACCGUCUCCUUAUUGAACUGGCUAAGACUACCAGCCUAUAGAUCUUCAAAAAAUGACUUCGAAGGGCUGUUGUCUUCUACCUGUUAUAUACCUACAAUAUUUCUUCGUUGGCUGAUCAAAUCGGUACAGAUUCAAUUACCAUAAUUCAUAAAACUAAUUUUGUGUAUCUCAAAAACAAGAACCAGGCAUGAUGAACCUCAGCACAUCGAAUAUAUCAUAAUUAUAUGAAUCUCCCCUUUUGCCACACUUGGAAACAAGAAUGUUGGGCUGUGUGACGGUCUUAAAAUUUGAAGUCGCCAACAGUAAAAAAUUUCAAUUUUUUCUAAGCUGAAAGUGGAACCUGUUUUUUCAUAUUUGUGCUCGUGAGUAUACGUAAAAACGCUGAGACAUUACACUCAGCAAACCUCUGAAAUACUGUUGGAGAUUCAGAAUAUGAAAGCUGGCUACAUAGUGAAAAUUUCAGUGGAUUAACCAUUAAUUAUACUAUUUAUAAUUAAUUAUUAUAUAAUAAAAUUCAUACAUUAAUUUCAUGAAGAUAUACAUUUUAAGUCGCCAAGUUUAUUCAUUUGCAUUUCGACCUCACAUUUUGGGAACCUCAAUAUCUUAUUAGAGUCGAUCUAUUCCUUUAGUUAUUUCCUUUUAUGUAUUUCAUUCAGCAGAUUUUCUUUUCAUCCAUUCAGUUAGAUCAUUUUUCUAGACAUCUACAUUUCAUCAAUUUUCUUCCAUAUCCAUCUAAUCCACAAUCAAGGAACAUAAUAUUCCAUAUGAUAUAUCACAAGGUUAUCUCGAUUUCUACAUCUUUAUUCCAAAUUCAUGUUGUAAUGAUUUUCGUUUCUUACACCUGUUCAUAAUUGAUGAAGAUUUUCAUUUUUAAAAUGAUUGUUUACGAUUGACAAUUCAACUUUAUAUCCAUCUAUACAUUUU